AUGUCAACGGAGGAGCAGCCCACCACAUCCUCUGACAAGCCGGGCGGGCUUGCACACAAGCUGACAUCAGGGCUGAAUGAGCAGGUGCAGGAUGUGACGAGCUCCCUGUCCGCGAUCCUGGAUCAGGGCCUGGCAACUGCCUCCGAUGUGGUGCGGAGUAGUACUGCCGUGGCCACAAGUGAGGCCAAUAAAGCGGCUUCUCAGGCCAAGGACCUGUACUCCCAGGCUGAGCUGCAGUACAAGCAGGGAGAGGCUGCCGCAUUCGGCUACCUGAAAGAGGGCGUGCGAACGGUGGUGGACAACAAGGAGACGAGCAUCGCCAUGGCCAUCGGCGUGGCCGCCAUCGGUCUGCGCGGUCCGCGGCGUUUUCUGUGGCGGCACACACUGGGCCGGCUGCGCAGCGAGGAGGCGGUCUUCAAGUCGGCGGAGUUGCGCAGCGUCGUGCUGGCAGAGAAAGUGGAGGGCCAGGCGCUGGAACUGAAGAAGCUGCAGGAGCGGCUUGGUCUGGCUCAGGCAGAGUAUACCAGAGGCCUGAGCAAGCUGAAGGCCACCGCAUCAGAGCUCCAGUCGCUCUCCUCUCGCAUUGGGGGCACGCAGCAAACGGCCUCAGGCAUGUGGCAGGGUCUGGUGCAGGACCUGCGCUCACUGCCCAGCAAGCAUGCCCUCUCCCUGCGCUCAGAGGUUGCCCAGAAGCUGGCAGUGGCAGAGACGCAGCGCAAGGCUGUGGACAAACUGGUCCUGGGGCUGGCGAGGCAGGGCAUUUAA